GAAACCCUCCUUAACAAGAACCUUUGCAGUCUGCUAAAGAACCAUCUUAGGCACUAUUUCCAUAUUAACCCGCGUCGAAAACAACACCAAGUCGCUCGGUCAAGAAACGUCCAGUAUUCUCCAACUUCCAUGCUAGAAUUUGGGCCGUUUCUCGCUCCCAAUCAUUGUAUCGGAAGUCCAGAGAAAUUUCAAGCCAAUUUGAAUCUCAGUAAAUGCUCUAGUAUGUUGGUUUGCCAUGUAUGACCUCGUACCUGAGAAAGCACCUCUCAUGAGCUGGAUAAGGUACGUACUUACGUUCCCUAGGUACCUACCUUAGGUAUCCCAUCCUUGGACCCUGAUAUUCGGUUCGGUUUAAGUAUUCUCCACCAACUCCAGAACGAUGGUGGGGCAGCGGGGUGGUCGCGUUUACGCGACACGACGCGACUGCAAGUUUAAUUGAUUUCAUCCGCUCUCGGGAAUCUGGUUACCUAGGAUUUCAAUACAUCUGGACCCAAUCAUUCCCAAGCAGCAGCCAACAAUACUCACUCUCAGUAUGACCAUGACACAGAAUAUCGUGGAUUCAAAGCCUUCGAACGGCUCAAAGUCGAUCAACCACGAAGAGCAUCAAUAUCUUGAUCUUGUCCGAGAAAUCCUUGAAAACGGCGAGCGUCGACCGGACCGCACCGGCACUGGUACAUACUCCAUCUUCGCUCCUCGGCCCCUGAAAUUCUCACUGAACAAGAACGGAAUUCCCAUUCUUCCUCUCCUUACUACAAAGCGUGUCUUCACCCGAGCAGUCAUUGCCGAGCUCUUGUGGUUCAUCGAAGGCAACACUUCCUCUAACAGCCUCAGUGAAGCUGGCAUCAAGAUCUGGGAUGGCAAUGGAUCUCGCGAAUUUCUUGACAACCUCGGCCUCAAUCAUCGUGAGAUCGGCGAUCUCGGCCCCGUGUAUGGCUUCCAAUGGCGACACUUUGGUGCCGAAUAUAUUGAUGCCAAGACGGAUUACACAGGUCAGGGUGUAGACCAGCUUGCCGAGAUCAUCCACAAACUACGAACUAACCCUUAUGACCGCCGCCUGGUUCUUUCUGCCUGGAACCCUGCCGAUAUGAAGAAGAUGGUUCUGCCACCUUGCCACAUGUUCGCGCAGUUCUACGUCUCCUAUCCUCGGAGCAAGGAUGACGACUCAGAAGCUAAGCCUCAGGGCCAUCUUCAUUGUCAGCUGUAUCAAAGGUCUUGCGAUAUGGGUUUGGGAGUUCCCUUCAACAUUGCCAGCUACGCGCUGUUAACUCACAUGCUUGCCCAUGUUUGUGAACUAGUUCCUGGAAGCCUUACUCAUGUCAUGGGUGACGCUCAUGUGUACCUCGACCACGUUGACGCCCUCAACACUCAAUUAGAGCGUGAGCCACGAAACUUCCCCGAGUUGGAAAUUUCACGAGAAAAGGGCGGAAGUAUUGACGGAUGGAGAGCGGAAGAUUUCACCAUUAAGGGCUACGACCCUCAUAAGACAAUUGCGAUGAAAAUGUCUGUAUGAUUCGUGUAAUAAUGUGGUGUGCUAUAAUUCAUCGAAAGCUCGAAAUAGACUGCGUUGUUAGAGUUAAGUAACGAGGGGCCGUGUUGGCUCCCGCGUGUGCAUUUAUGCUUAUUGAGAUUGAAUAUUGCUUCGUACAGAAACCCGACUGUCAUGCA